CGGGGAAGUUUACCAACAUCGCUGUGCCGCCUGAGAGGCUCAGAAUCCAAAUUUGUGCUGCUAUUGUUUAAUGAAACUCGAUCGUUUAUACAGUAUAUGCCUAAUAUUGGAAUUACAUUUCUUGUAGGGAUUUUUGAACAUGUUUUUCUUUUCAUUGGCAGUGUUUUUUACUCGUAUUUUAUGUUUAAAAGCUGAGAGUUCAUACGAAGCACAGAGUCGUUUGGAGACCAAUUUAUUUAACAACUAUUCAAAAGAAAUUCGACCUGUUUUGAAUUUAAAUGAAAAUGUCACUGUUUCCGUUGGAAUUUCCCUCAGCAGAAUUCAAGAAAUGAAUGAUAAAAGUCAAGUUCUCACUCUGAGUCUUUGGGUGCGUCAGGUAUGGUAUGAUCCUCGCUUGACCUGGAACCGUUCAGACUAUGCUAUGACAAAACAAAUUCAUGUCGAUCCUGAUAAGAUAUGGGUUCCAGAUCUUAAAGUUUACAAUGAGGUCAGCACUCAUUUGGAUCACGGAUUAGACCAACUGCACACCAAAGCGAUCGUUUAUUCCACUGGGAAAAUAAAAUGGAUGUCACCCUCUGUAAAGAAGUUAUCUUGUCAUGUGGAUAUGACUUUUUUCCCACAUGACACGCAGAACUGUGGUAUUAAGAUAGGUUCUUGGACGUACGAUGGCUAUGCCUUGGAUGUGAGACCAGAGAGCUACACUAUGGACGUAUCGAAGUCUCCCUCAAAUCCUGAAUGGCAGUUGAUAUCAACUUCGGUACAAAGACAUGAAGAGAAAUACAAGUGCUGUCCCGAACCUUACCCUGAUGUUACCUACACUGUGAUGAUCAAGCGACGUGAACGUAGCUACUGGAUGAAUUUCAUCUUUCCUGGAGUAUUUCUUACAGUAUUAACGAUGAUGUCAUUCAUGACCGCAGCGCAAGACACGGGAGAGAGAAUAAGUCUUGUUUUGACAGCUUUGGUUUCAAUGUUUUUCUUCCUAAAGUUGGUCAGCGAGCGAACCCCAGCUUCCGAUACAACACCUUUGUUGAGCGUUUACUUUGUCAUGUUGAGUUUCGAGAUUGGUCUUAUCCUCUACUCAGUAUGCCUGUCAUUGAAUGCCUACCACAAACACCCAGCUCUUGGCGAGAUGCCGAACUAUGUACGAAGCCUUGUCUUGGGGAAACUGGGGAACUUGUGGACAUUGAGGGAAGACCGGGAACGCAUUGGACGGCGUCUGGGGGCACUUGAGGAUCUUUCUCAGAUGAAGGAAAACAUUAAAAACGAGCUGGAAAAUAUAAAAAAUGGUCUUUCCAGUUCAAAAUCGGGACUGGAAUGUAGGGGGGAGGCGAGUUUCGAUAAACAAUGUAACGGUGAUUGUUUGAAAACUCGUGAGAGAGAAGACAUAAUCGAUGAGGCUGUGGAUAGAUCCAUAGUUCAGCUGGAAGACGUUCAUGAUACCGAGGAAUCCUCGAGCAGGAACGCGUCAACCGUCGUAGCAAAUUCCGAGACAGAGAUUUGCGCAUGUUCCAUCAUGAUAAAGAAGAUGGUGAAAGGGAACAAGCGACUGUUGUUUGCAAUCCGACAGAUCGUAUUCGUCGCACGCCAGCUUGACAAGACCUCGUCUGAGAAAGAAAACUGGCUGAUCGCUGCGACCAUCUUGGAUCGAGUGUUCCUGGUUUUGUUUGUGAUUUGUUUCGUCAUUAUUUCGGUCGUAUCAGGCUGAUGUCUGAUGGAGAUUUGUGGAUGUUCGUCUCGAUUUGAGGUUUUAAGACUCUCGUGAAGACUUUUGUGCUGCAAAUGAAAGUUUUCAAAGUCAAAUGCACUUCUUAUGUGUGCGAGAAAUGUUACAUGAUGAAUGUUCUGAUAAUUAUUAUAACAUGUGUUUACCACCAAAUGCGAGGUCAAUACAUCCAGUGAAUAUCAUGUUAGUUAAAGUUUGCAGUAUCAGCUGCUGGAUGUUCAGGAAAAUUGACUAAAAACUAGCUUCACAAUGCGCCUCAUGUCAAUGACAGGGCUUUGGGCGAGCCUUUGCUAGCUAAAUAUGAGAUAAUGGUUUUUGUCAGUAUAAUACAAUAGUCAUUGCAUUGUGUAGCAACUUUUCAUUGUCCAAAUCGAAAUAAGUCCCAAUUAUUGCAGCAUGCUGUUUUCAUACAAAGAGUUCAAUUAGUGUUUUGCUGUGCUUUUGACAACAAAAAGGACAAUACGUUGGUCUAUAAAUGUCUUAUGUUAUAAUAUAGACGUGUUUUGACAAGGAAAAAAAUUGGUUAAAUAAAUGGGAUUGAAUCCAAUGUGAUAACGAUUUUGAAAUGACUUCUGCAAAUAACGCACAAUGCAUCGCCAUCACAAACUGUAUGUCUAUACAAUGAGCUAUUAAUACAACGUCUGUUUAUUGGAAUAGCGAGGUAAUAGCCCCUUUAAACAAUUUUAAUAAUCUCUUUG